GAUUGGUUGAAAUUAAGAGAAUGUCGGCUGCUAGUCAGCAUGUGUAGGCUCACCGUGUUUGCAGUCACCAAAUGGGUGUCCUAACACUUACGUGGAGAUAUAAACAGUUGAUAAGAGCUCCUGGGAUUCGGGAAAACGAGUAGAAAUCGCUAUAAAUUCACAGCAUUCCAUUUCCACGGUGUGAGCAGUUUAGAUACAGUCUUUCGAAGCAGGUGCAUUUCGUUGUUCGUUUCUGGAAAUAUCCUCUCGGGUAACGUUAAGAAGACUCCGUCGGACACCAAAUCUGUGCAUUUUUAACAGGAAUCGUAGACUCCUCUUUUCCAUGUUGUUUCUUUAAUCAUCACUCAAAAUAUUCCCCAAGUCUAAAGGCACGAACUUUCCAAACAUGCAUGGGGAUAUUAGGAAGCGAGCACUCCUGGCCGGUUGCGUGUCAGUGAAGAAUGUUUUGGUUGUUGUGAUUGUGUUCAUAUUGCUGUUGGGGAUGCCUGUUCUUGUCCAAGCUAAAAAGAAGAAAACGCCUGACUGUUCCACGUGUAAAGGUUUAGUCAGCAGUUUUCAGGAGGGAUUAAAAAAGACGGCAAAAUCAAAUUAUGGUGGUGGAAAUACAAACUGGGAGGAAAAAUCACUGGGAAGUUAUGCCAAGAGUGAAGUGCGCCUUGUGGAAAUUAUGGAAGAUCAUUUAUGCAAGGGAGGUGCAAAAGAGUGCCACUCAAUGCUAGAAGAAUAUGAAGAUCGGAUUGAAGCCUUCUGGUUCAAAGAGUUUGCUAAAAAGGACAAUUAUGACUUCCACCAAUGGCUUUGUAUCGAUAAUAUUAAAGCAUGCUGCCCAGAGAACACUUUCGGCCCCGAGUGUAAGCCCUGUCCAGGAGACCCGAACAGACCCUGCUCAGGAACUGGCUACUGUGAUGGAGAAGGAACCAGAGGAGGAUCAGGGGAUUGUCGUUGUCAUUCUGGUUACCUUGGUGACAUGUGUAAUGAGUGUGCAGACGGAUAUUUUGAGCAACAUAAAAAUGACACACACACUGUUUGUAGAUCAUGUCAUAUAUCAUGCAAGGGCACCUGCUGGGAAGAAGGCCCCAAGGGCUGUGAUGAGUGUAAGGUGGGCUGGCUUCACACAGAGGAACAUGGCUGUAAAGAUGUUGAUGAGUGCAGUAGCGAGACACUACCUUGUGAUGACAAUCAGUAUUGUAUCAAUACCGAGGGAUCGCACUCAUGUCUGUCAUGUGACAUAUCGUGUGAAGGCUGUACAGGGUCAGGAGACCGCAAGUGUAAGGCCUGCAGCGAGGGCUUCCUACAGGAGGGAGACAUCUGCAAGGAUGUGGAUGAGUGUGCUGCGGACAGCUCCCUGUGUACAGGGAUCAUGGAGCGGUGUGUGAACGAGCCGGGGACCUACAGCUGUCAGUGUAAGGAGGGCUACCACCGGAACUCUGCCGACAGAUGUGUCAAGAAGCCCAAGGACAUCCCCAAAUCGAAUCAUCCUUCACACCAAAGCAUGGAUAAGAAGAAAGCCAAGAAGCAAAAGACGUAUAAAAAUAAAAAUGCCCCCAACCUCCUGACAUUCAUAGCUAUAUUGGCUGGAUUCGGCAUUUGUUUGAAAUUUUCCCGAGGCAAUAUGAUCAUCAUAGUGCCAUUGACUGGCCUCAUAUCCUACUUUGUGUACUGGUAUGCAUCCUUUUACUGAUGACAACAUCGGGAGUCCUCGGCCAGGAUGGUCCUUAGACUCACUUCCCAUUGUUGAUACUAUUUUCCUAAAGCAUUUCCUUGAUGACGUAUUUGUAAAUUUCUACAUUUUCAUUUUGGCAUAAGUAUACUUUUAUCUCUGUUUACAAUAAUGAAAAUGUUUGAUGUGUAAAAUAUUGAACAGCACAGCAAUAAAUGUGUUAUGAAUGCUGGUAACUGAUCCAAUUGGCAUACCAUUGUUUAUAUAUACCUUGUUGACAGAGGAUGUGCAGCUGAUGUGCAAGGUCUAAGUGUAUAUGAUUGUACCAUAACUUAUGUCGUAGAUGUAGAGUGCAUUUUAUUUAUUUUUAUGGAUGAAUUUUGAUAUUUCCACGGCUUGUCUCAUGGUGUUUUUUCGUCAUUGUGUCACAGGCCUACUGAUGGCUGGAUUUCAUUUCUCUCUGCUUUGUAGGAUGAGUAUUCUCAGUUCUAGUUUCCUCUUUUGUUGCUGCAUGGCUUUUACUAGCUCUUGUUGAAAUAUUUUCAGCAUGUCAUAGACGUAGUUACCUCUAUAUUGUCAUGUUUCCAUGGUGACAACAUGAUUAUUUGUUUUGGAAUCGUCUAAAACAUCCAAAUGACCUUUUCAGUUCAUGGUAUUGAUUUAGCUACAGACAAAUGUCAAAAACCUAUUUUCCUGACUUUUUAAAGGACAUGCUUUCAUAUCACUGGAUAUAUCUUUAGGACAUCUUGUAUGAUAAUCAGUGAAUGGUAACAAGUCUGCAUGAUAUAGAUAUCCAGAAGCUUGAAAGGUAAACAGACAACAGAUUCCUACCACCCUCUGUAUAGCUGGGGUGGUGGGGUAGCCUAGUGGUUGAAGCGUUUGCUCGUCAUGCCGAAGAUCCAGGUUCAAUUCCCCACAUGGGUACAAUAUGUGAAGCCCAUUUCUGGUGUACCCCCACCGUGAUAUUGCUGGAAUAUUGCUAAAAGCGGCGUUAAACUAAACUCACUCACUCACUGUAUAGUUAGUUGAUGUGUACCUAUCCUGCCUGCAUUGGUUAGGAUUGAUCCUCCAACAACCUAUGCUGGUGAUUGAAUGCAUCAGCUGAUCAGUUUUUGCAACAUGUAUAAUUGUAAUAGUAUCAGAACAUGUAGCUGGUUGCUCGUGAUAUCAAUCACUGGAUUGUCUGGUCCCGACUUCGUCUUUUACAUGCUGCCAUAAUCACAUAGCUGGAAUACUGCUGAAUAUGGCUCAAGAACAGACAGUACCGAGAAAGAAAAGUACCAGAUCAACUUAUACUUAAAGUCCAUUUGAAAGGAAAUGAUUUCAACCUACUGCACAUUUAUAUUCCUCAAGAUAUUCUUAUAAUAAUUUAAAGUAUUGCAAAGAUCAGUUGCUAGGAUUAUCAAUAUCAGUCAUACUGGUUGAUUGACUUGACUUCCCUUGUAAAACAGUGUAGACAUUGUCAAUUAUAUUUGGUCAUUUACCUGUUUACAUUUGGUUUGUGAGAAUCGUAAAUCAGUUGGAAUGAUGCACAUUUUUGUCUGAUCCCGCGCUGUGGGCAAGUUGACCUCAGGAGACAAGUGCCACGAAUUUCUCCUGCUAAACAUGGUCAGUGAUAUUUUAUGUAAAUUUUCCAAAUUGAUCUCUGCUGAGCCUUGAUUUGAAAAACGUCUCGCGAAAAUCGAGGAAUUUUGUUUGCUGUUGAGUAGAAAUGCAUGUGUAUUCUGUAGCCCUUGUUUGUUUUGCUGACUUAGCUUUUAGUUGUCAUGGUUACUGUUAGUCCAGUGGUUUUGUACAUAUGAAGUCUCAGAUUCCCAUCAUCUGUAUAUGCAAUUUCAUUGGAACUCAUCAAUCAUUUCUACACAACCAUCAGCAUUGUGUAUUUAUACAGUUUUAACCGGUGUUACGACAAUCGGUGCAUAUGCAUGUCAGCUUGAAGGCACCCUUGCUAGAAGUGACUUGAAGUGUAUGCUUCAAAAGUAUUGAUUUGACAGUAGGGAUGUAGUGAAUGUUUGGUCAUCGUGAAAAACUUUUUCCACGAUAUUAGUAAGAUUGUUGUUAAAUGUGAUUUCAAACCCAGAUUUUCUGGACUAAUUUAGGCAUGAUAUGGAUGUGGUUAAUUGGUUAAUUUUGUUGUAAUAUAUACAGAAGAAACAAUAUGUGCGGCAACUCAACAUUAUUCUUUUCUUCGGGAAAUGCUCCCGUUAGACAUUAUAUAUUUUACUUAAAUGGUGACGGGUUGUUGCGGAAGUAGGUGAUGUCAUCCAUUAUUUGAUGAUGUCACUGCUUCCCAUCAGCUGGAGGGGCGGUGGGGUAGCCUAAUGGUUAAAGCGUUGGCUCGUCACGCCGAAGAUCAGGGUUCGAAUCCCCACAUGGGCACAAUGUGUGAAGCCCAUUUCUGGUGUCCCCCGCCGUGAUGUUGCUGGAAUAUUGCUAAAAGCGGCGUAAAACCAAACUCAGUCAGUCCCAUCAGCUGGUAUGUAAAUGUUGAUGAACAAUUAUUGUCAGAUACUCAGUCACAUCUACGUCUUUUGUCCAUUUUUGAAACAGGUGUUAUUUUUUUUUAUGAUGUGGUUUUAUGUAUUAUUGGAUGUUGGAUAGAAUCACAGCUGACUGAGUCAUAUGUGUUUGUGAUUAACACUUGUUUGAUGUGUGUUUACUGAUUAUGAUUUAACUUGUGCUCAAUUGUAUGAAGUGAUUCACCUUUCUGUGUUAUACAUGGUUAAAUUAUCAUCUUAUUGCGAGUUAACCUCCAAAUUUGGCCAUGAUUUGUAAAAAUGUCCUGAAAAUGUAAAGGAAAUCAUGAAAAUGAUCUAUUGCCAUUUGUAUGUAUUGUAUUUAUAUUGUUGUCGAAAUAUGUACAAGUAAUAUUAUAAUAAGGAUUUCAAGCACAGCCGCCAUCUUGGGUAUUUUUAAAUAAAAAUGAAAAAAGUUC